AAUAAAUGCAAACGCGAGCAAACAAUUUCGAGCAAUUUUGUUUUGUACAAAAAAAUUAAAUUUAAAUAAAUGCUAACUCUUAAAGUUUGAUUUUGAAUCAAAAUUAAAUGUCCGUUAAAAUUCAAAUUCCAGACGCAAACCAAACACUUCAGCAGCAACAGAAAAUUGUUAAACAUUUUGCGCAACUCGCCAAACAGCACCAGCUCGCUUGAAAAUUUUAAAAUUUUUCUUUAAACCAUUGGUAAACUCGUCGGGAUUAUGGAGGCAUCAGCGGCAACGCGACAGGUCUGUAUCACCUCGAGACCGCCACGUUCGUACAAAGUUAUUUGUAACAAAUGUAAUGUGUUGCCGAAGUUCGCACACUUCGUUGACUUUUUGGAUCACAGUCGCGCGGUGCACGGCCUCACAGUGCGACGUAGCGCGCUCUCUAUCGUAGCGGAAGACACGCUGGUUUCCGCACGCGGCAGUGUCUCUCAUUUCAGUGCGCAUAGUUGUGCUAGUCCCACUCUCACUGGCUCAUCGCUCUCCAACGUCUCUGACAGCCACUUCGAUCUGAACACGCUAAAGCGCCAGUGUUUGCUGGAUGUUAUUGGACUGCUGAACCAGUGUUUCUGCAUUUGGCAUCGUCCGUCGCGCGAGUGCAUGCCGCGGAGUGAGCGUCUACAUGCCUACCGGUUGCUGCUGCUGAAGUUACGCGAACAUAUGCCCUUCGUGACGUUUCGCGAUGCGCGCAGUAUUGUACAACAGAUAAUACGUAUCUACCUGCGGCAUUUUCGGUUGAGCGAAACCGAUGGCACUGCCCCGAAAGAUCGUGUAGAUGAAGACGCGAACGAUUGGCGUCUGUCGCGUCAGUUACGCGCUAUGAAAUCGAAGGCGGUUUUGGAUAAACUCUGCUUUUUGCGCGGUUGUAAUGAGAAGGAUGUGGAGGAGCUCGUGCCGGACAAGCUUUGCACUUUCUGCAAUAUCGGCUUUCAAAACACCGAAACACUGUGGACUCACAUGGUGAGCGCGCAUUUACCGGCACGUAAACUGCAACGGAACAGUUCUAUAACGGCCGAUACUUUGCACUCGGAAUCCACAAUGGAUACAGUCUGUUCGAGUGGUAGACGUAGCCACUUAUCGCGCUCCACCUUCGAUACGGAAACGGAAUCGCAAACCGUUUCCGAGCCGAUUAACUUGAGACGCAGUCGUCGUCGCGGCAUUUUUCGGAAUAGACAACGCGUGCGUCCAAAAAACCAGGUGGUAUCUCUGAAGCGGCUACGCCAACGUCCACAGUCGGCAAGACAUGCCAGAAGUGAUGUAGACUCCGUUAGUGUAAAAUCUAAAUCCUCCAGCUCACAACUUUCCGACUACUCCGAUCAAUUUCUCGAAGAGUUCAUCGAUCUCUACCGUGAACAGACAUGCCUCUGGCAAACGAACUCGCCCGAAUACCGCAAUCGUAAGCUUAGGCAAGCAGCGUACGAUGUACUACAUCAGAAGUAUUGUCAAUCGCGUAAUGUGCCAGCAGUCAGUCUCACCAAAAUCAAAUCGCUAAUACGUAAAUUACGUUACUACUAUGAUCGGCUACAACAACCAAACGCUAACCGUUUUCGCAAUCAAAUUUGGCGACGCAUGUCAUUCAUUGAUGGUGGUCGAACGCCACCGAAACGUAAGCGUAGCCACAGCACAGACACAUAUAAAACCGUCGUGUACGACUGCAGUGAGUGUCCGCGUAAGUUUAAGCGACCCGCAGCUUACGCCAAGCACAUACUCAAAACGCAUCCACCAACCGAGUGUCCGCCGUGUAAUGAGAAUUUCAAUAGCGCCGAUGAGCUCGUACAUCAUCUACUCUAUAUGCAUCGCAAGGAAACCGAUUGCCCGCUGUGCAAGGGAGGUCAAAAUGAAUGGCGCAGUGCGCCGCAUCUCAAUCAACACUUCUUCGAGCAUCGUUGCCCCACUUGCGCGGAGAUCUUUCGCGAUGGCACGAACUAUCGACGGCAUCGCGCCAAGUGUCGAAAUAUAAAUCGCUUCCGUUGUAAACAUUGCACUUCCAAGUUUACCAGCACCUUGGAUUUUCGACGUCACGCUAAGGUCUCACAUCAGGAGGAGCGGCCGUUUCGUUGUGAGGAUUGCGAAAUUAGUUUUAAAUACUUGGCGCCAUUGGCCAAGCAUCGACGGCUACACAAACGAAUGCAAUCCUAUUAUGCGUCGUGAGCAUAACACGCGGCGAUAUCGGUGUGCCAUAUGAGCUGACCGUACCACAGCUCUAAGAUAGUUUUAAAUAGAAAAUUUUAAGUUGAAUUAAAAUAACUAUCAUAUCACAAAAAUUUAA